GGAAAAAAUUAAAUUUAAAGAAAAUAUCUUAGGGCUUGUAUGGAAAUUGCAAAAUCGCGUGCGACCCGCAUAGUGGCAUCACCGAUUCCGUUAAGUUCGCUUCUCUGUGGCCUUUGCUCCAGAAGAUCUCUCGUCCAUUGCUCCGAAAGCUGCGGCUUUUAGAGAGAGAAAAUUGGUGGCAGCUGCAACUGCAGAGGGAGACUGUUGGGCGAGAGAGAGAUUGAGAAUGGGACGAUGAUUUUUUGAACGUUGGGAUCGGAGGGAAAAAGUGGAGUUUUCUUUGGAUAUUUGGAGGGAUUUGAGAUUUCCAUUUAUUUUUUUCAAAUUUUUUAAAAAAGCGAAUUUGGUGUGACGGAUUAGUAUUUUGGGAUUUGGAUACGUAUCCUAUUGAAUUUUGGCCUAAGUGCAUGCAAUCGGUUGGGGGUGGGCCCGCCCGGAACCCGGGGGUGGGGCCGGCUGGGCGGGCGACAUCUACAUCGUCAGCCGCAUCACCAUCUUCUUCAUCGUCGGCAGUGUCAACGUCGCAUUUGGGGCUGGACUCGUUGCAGCAGCAGCAGCAGCAACCACAGCAGCAGAUAGGUUCUAGGCAGUCAUUGCACCAGCAGUUACUUCGAAAACCUGAAGGGAAUGAAGCCUUUUUAGCAUAUCAAGCAGCCCUUCAAGGGGCAUUUGGGGGUAACAAUUUUUCAUCUCCCAGUGCCAUGCAGUUGCCUCAACAAUCUCGGAAAUUCAAUGAAUUAACUCAACAUGGUCCCAACCAAGAGGCUCUUCUCAAGGGUCAAAACAUUGAGCAGCAAAUGCUAAAUCCUGUUCAUCAAGCAUACCUUCAAUAUGCACACCAGGCUGCCCAACAAAAGUCUGCUUUGGCAGUUCAUUCUCAGCAGCAGAAUAAAAUGGGAAUGUUAGUGCCUUCAUCUGUGAAAGAUCAAGAAAUGCGUAUGGGAAAUUUGAAAAUGCAGGAGCUUAUGUCUAUGCAGGCAGUAAAUCAAGCUCAAGGAUCUACCUCCAGGAAUGUACCCGAACAAUUUUCUCGUGGGGAAAAGAAGAUAGAGCAGGGACAGCAGUUAGCCCCUGAUCUAAAAGGUGAGGGAAAGCCUUCAACCCAGGGACCAGCCGUGGCACAAUUAAUGCCUGGAAAUAUGAUACGACCUGUGCAAACACCUGUUGAUCGGCAGGGCAUCCAAAAUGUCAUGAGCAACCAGAUUGCAGUGUCUGCUCAAUUACAGGCUAUGCAGGCAUGGGCACGUGAGCGUAAUAUUGAUCUAUCACAUCCUGCAAACGCUAACUUAAUUGCACAAAUCUUUCCUAUGAAGCAAUCAAGGAUAGUUUCUCAACAAAAAGCAAAUGAGAGCAGCAUGGGUGCUCAGUCAUCACUAGUACCUGUUUCGAAGCAGCAGGUUACAUCUCCAGCAGGUGCAAGUGAUAGCUCUGCACAUGCUAAUUCAUCAAGUGAUGCAUCUGGGCUGUCUGGUCCUGCAAAAGCCAGGCAGCUACCUGCCAACCAUUUUGGCCCGCCAACAAACGUUGUUACUGCUAGCCACUCUGGUGACACAGCAGUGCAACAAUUUAAUAAUCAUAACAGAGAGUCUCAAGUAUCUAUGAGGCAACCUGUCUUAGUUGGAAAUGGAAUGCCUUCUGCACAACCCCAACAGUCUUCUACCAGCAUGAAUUUGGGUUCAGAACAUCAUUUUAAUGCAAAAAAUACAUUAUCUGGUCCAGAACCUCCACAAACGCAGUAUUUAAGGAAGUUAAACCAAUUGUCUUCUCAGGCAUCUGGUGCUACAAAUGAAGGGGGCUCAGGAAAUUAUGUGAAAUCCCAAGGGGCACCAUCUCAGAUGUCUCAACAACGACAUGGAUUUACCAAACAACAGCUGCAUGUUCUUAAAGCACAGAUACUGGCAUUCAGGCGGCUCAAGAAAGGAGAGGGUACCCUUCCCCAAGAGCUUCUUCGGUCUAUUGUUCCACCAACUCUUGAGCUGCAAUCUCAGCAGCCAAUCCAUCCUUCUGGAGGACAGAAUCAAGAUAAUUCAGCUGGAAAUAUCAUGCCAGAACACUCAAGGCACAUAGAAUCUGAAGCAAAGGACUUGCAACAUAUCCAUGCAGUUAAUGGACAUGGUUCUUCAAAGCAUGAAACUUCUGCCAGAGAUGAGAAAUCCACUGUCUCAGCAGUUCAUAUGCAAGCUAAGCCUGUUGUGACAAAGGAUCCUGCUCCAAUGUUGUCUUCUCAAAGGGAAGAGCAGCAACCAUUUGGUUGCUCUGUUAAGUCAGAUCAGGAAAGUGAACGUGAAACUAACAGAAAUCCUGUUAGGAAUGAGUUGCUGUUAGACAAGGGAAAGGCCAUUGCACCACAGCCUUCUGCAUCUGAGUCAAUGCAAAAUAAGAACCCUGCACAAACAAGCACAGUUGGGCAGCCAAAAGACGUAGGAUCUACAAGAAAAUACCAUGGACCUCUAUUUGAUUUCCCCUUCUUUACCAGGAAACAUGACUCCUUUGGGUCGUCAAUGAUGGUAAGCAGCAACAAUAAUUUGUUGCUGGCAUAUGAUGUCAAAGAUCUUCUAGUUGACGAAGGAACGGAAGUAAUUAACAAGAAAAGGGUAGAGAAUUUAAAGAAGAUUGAAGGUCUACUAGCAAAUAACUCAGAGAGGAAGCUAAUUAGGCCAGAUCUUGUGAUGAGGUUACAAAUUGAAGAGAAAAAGCUUCAUCUUAGAGGCCUUCAGGUGCGUUUAAGGGAUGAGAUUGAUCAACAGCAGCAAGAGAUAAUGGCAAUGCCAGAUCGGCAAUAUCGUAAGUUUGUUAGAUUGUGUGAGCGUCAACGUAUGGAAUUGGCUAGGCAAGUACAGGCAUCUCAGAGAGCUAUAAGGGAGAAGCAACUGAAAUCUAUAUUUCAGUGGCGUAAGAAGCUUCUUGAGGCGCAUUGGGCAAUUCGUGAUGCUCGGACUGCUCGGAAUAGGGGGGUAGCCAAAUAUCAUGAGAGAAUGUUAAGGGAGUUUUCAAAACGUAAAGAUGACGACAGGAACAAAAGGAUGGAAGCCUUGAAAAAUAAUGAUGUUGACAGAUAUAGGGAGAUGUUGCUGGAGCAGCAGACUAGUAUCCCGGGUGAUGCUGCUGAGAGAUAUUCUGUUCUUUCAACUUUCUUAACGCAGACAGAAGAGUAUCUUCAGAAGCUUGGAAGUAAGAUAACAGCUGCCAAGAAUCAACAGGAAGUAGAGGAGGCAGGAAAAGUUGCUGCAGCUGCUGCACGGUUGCAGGGUCUUUCUGAAGAAGAAGUCAGAGCUGCAGCAGCUUGUGCUGGAGAAGAAGUGAUGAUUAGAAAUCGUUUUAUGGAGAUGAAUGCUCCUAAAGAUGGUUCAUCUGUCAGCAAGUAUUACUCACUUGCUCAUGCUGUGAAUGAGAAGGUCAUAAGGCAACCAUCAAUGUUGCGGGCUGGAACAUUGAGAGAUUAUCAGCUUGUUGGCUUGCAAUGGAUGCUUUCUUUGUAUAACAAUAAGUUAAAUGGAAUUUUGGCGGAUGAGAUGGGUCUUGGCAAAACUGUGCAGGUUAUGGCAUUGAUUGCCUAUUUGAUGGAAUUCAAAGGGAACUACGGCCCACAUCUCAUAAUAGUCCCGAAUGCUGUUUUGGUUAACUGGAAGGUAAAACGCACUCCUUUUAAACGCACUCCUUUUUCUUGGACGUUCCUUUCCUUUGUGGCUGUGCACUUUAACAUGGCGGUGUUCGUUGUGCAGAGUGAAUUUUAUAACUGGUUACCAUCUGUGUCAUGCAUUUUUUAUGUUGGAGGGAAGGAUCAACGAUCAAAAUUAUUUUCUCAAGAGGUUUGUGCGUUGAAAUUUAAUGUCCUUGUGACAACUUAUGAGUUCAUCAUGUAUGACCGGUCAAAGCUUUCAAAAAUUGAUUGGAAGUAUAUCAUAAUUGAUGAAGCACAGAGGAUGAAAGAUAGGGAUUCAGUUCUGGCACGUGAUCUUGAUCGAUAUCGUUGUCAGAGACGCCUGCUUUUGACUGGAACCCCCUUACAGAAUGAUUUGAAGGAGCUUUGGUCCCUUUUAAACUUACUCCUUCCUGAGGUUUUUGACAAUCGAAAAGCAUUUCAUGAUUGGUUCUCGAAACCUUUUCAAAAGGAAGGCCCUAGUCAAAAUGCAGAGGAUGAUUGGCUUGAGACAGAAAAGAAAGUUAUAAUUAUCCACAGACUUCAUCAGAUUCUUGAGCCAUUCAUGCUCAGGCGUCGUGUUGAAGAUGUAGAAGGCAUGCUGCCACCAAAGGUCUCUAUAGUUUUGCGAUGUAGAAUGUCAGCUAUACAGAGUGCUAUUUAUGACUGGGUCAAAUCCACUGGUACCCUUCGUCUUGAUCCUGAGGAUGAGAAACAUAAGGUUCAAAAGAAUCCAGUCUACCAGACAAAGCAAUAUAAAACGUUAAAUAACAGAUGCAUGGAGCUACGUAAAACUUGCAAUCAUCCAUUGCUUAACUAUCCAUUCUUCAGUGACUUAUCCAAAGAUUUCCUUGUAAAAUCUUGUGGGAAACUGUGGAUCUUGGAUCGAAUCCUUAUAAAACUUCAAAGGACUGGACACAGAGUUCUGCUCUUUAGUACAAUGACUAAACUCUUAGACAUUUUGGAAGAAUACCUGCAAUGGCGACGGCUUGUCUACCGGAGAAUUGAUGGGACAACGAGUUUGGAAGAUCGUGAAUCAGCCAUAGUGGAUUUCAAUAGUGCUGGUUCAGACUGUUUCAUCUUCUUGCUUAGUAUUCGAGCUGCUGGGCGAGGCCUUAACCUUCAGUCUGCUGACACUGUAGUCAUAUAUGAUCCUGACCCAAAUCCUAAAAAUGAGGAGCAGGCAGUUGCUAGAGCUCAUCGCAUUGGGCAGAAAAGAGAAGUCAAAGUUAUCUACAUGGAAGCUGUUGUAGACAAAAUCUCCAGCUAUCAAAAAGAGGAUGAACUGAGAAGUGGAGGCACUGUUGAUAUGGAGGAAGAACUUGUAGGUAAGGAUCGUUAUAUUGGAUCCAUUGAAAGCCUGAUAAGGAACAAUAUUCAACAGUAUAAGAUUGAUAUGGCCGAUGAGGUCAUUAAUGCUGGACGUUUUGACCAAAGAACAACACAUGAAGAGAGACGCUUGACUUUGGAGACAUUAUUACAUGAUGAAGAAAGGUACCAGGAGACUGUCCAUGAUGUUCCCUCUUUACAGGAGGUAAAUCGCAUGAUUGCUAGGAGUAAGGAGGAACUUGAAUUGUUUGAUCAAAUGGAUGAGGAAUUGGAUUGGAUUGAAGAGAUGACAAAGUAUGAUCAGGUGCCUAAGUGGCUUCGAGUAAGUACAAGAGAAGUAAAUGCCACUAUUGCUGCUUUAUCUAGAAAACCAUCAAAGAACACUCUAUUAGGCGGUGAUGUCAGCGUGCAAUCCAGUGAAAUGGGAUCUGAAAGGAGAAGAGGACGACCCAAGGGAAAGAAGAAUCUUAAUUACAAAGAGUUAGAUGAUGAAAAUGAAGAAUUCUCUGAAGCAAGUUCUGAUGAAAGAAAUGAAUAUUCAGCCCAUGAAGAUGAAGGGGAAAUUGGAGAAUUUGAAGAUGAUGGGCUUAGUGUGGCAGAUGGAACUCAACCCAAUGAUAAGGAUCAAUUGGAAGAAGAUGGUCCAAUUUGUGAUGCUGCAUAUGAAUUUCCUCAGUCCACAGAAAAUGUAAGAAACAGUCUGACAGCUGAAGGAUCUGGAUCCCCUGGAACAUCCUCAGGCAGUCAAAGAUUAACACAGACAGUAUCUCCUUCAGUUUCCUCUCAGAAAUUUGGUUCCCUCUCUGCACUGGAUGCCAGGCCAGGUUCCCUUUCAAAAAGGAUUACUGAUGAGUUAGAGGAGGGAGAAAUUGCUGUAUCUGGUGAUUCUCACAUGGAUAAUCAACAAUCUGGGAGUUGGAUUCAUGAUCGUGAUGAAGGUGAAGAUGAACAAGUUUUGCAACCUAAGAUUAAGCGGAAACGUAGUCUUCGUGUUCGACCUCGUCAUGCCCUGGAGAGGCCUGAGGAAAAGUCUGGUGGUGAGGGGGGAUCUCUUCACCGAGGAGGAUCCUCUCUUUUGGCUGUUCAUGUAGACCAUAGAUAUGAAGUGCAAUCAAAGACCGAUCCUGAUGAAAAGUCAUUUGGAGGCUCCAAUGCUGGCAGGCAUGAUCAAAACGAAUCAUCCUUAAAAGUAAAGAGAAAUUUACCUUCAAGAAGAGUAUCUGCUACCUCCAAAUUACAGGGCUCACCUAAGUCUAGCAGAUUGAACUGCAUUUCUACUCCUUCUGAGGACGGUGGACACUCAAGAGAAAGUUGGGAGGGGAAGCCUAUCAACUCUAGUGGGUCUUUGGCCUUGUCCUCCAAAAUGCCUGAAAUCAUCCAGAGAAGGUGUAAGAAUGUAAUUAGCAAGCUCCAAAGGAGAAUAGACAAGGAAGGUCAACAAAUUGUACCUUUGCUAAAAGAUUUAUGGAAGAGGAUUGAAAAUUCAGGGUACACAGGUGGAUCUGGGAACAGUCUAUUGGAUUUGCGGAAGAUUGACCAGCGAAUUGAUAGAGUGGAGUAUAGUGGAGUGAUGGAGCUUGUGUUUGAUGUGCAGUUCAUGCUGAAGAGUGCAAUGCAUUUUUAUGGAUUUUCACAUGAGGUAAGAUCUGAAGCGAGAAAGGUUCAUGAUCUCUUUUUUGAUAUCUUAAAAAUUGCUUUUCCUGAUACGGAUUUUCGAGAGGCAAGAAAUGCGCUUCCUUUCACGGGUCAAAUUUCAGCCAGUGCUGUAACAUCUCCCAGACAGAUGGCUGGCAGCCAAACCAAGAGGCACAGGACAUUAAAUGAGGUGGAAAUUGAUGCAAACCCUUCACAGAAGCACCUGCAGCGUGGAUCUGCUUCAAGUGGGGAAAACACCAGGAUCAAAGUUCAUAUUCCACAGAAGGAAUCAAAAUCUGGAAAUGGAGGUGGCAACAACCGAGAACUUCAGCCGGAUGAUUCUCCGCUGCUUACUCAUCCAGGUGAACUGGUUGUAUGCAAGAAGAGAAGAAAUGACAGGGACAAAUCAUUGGCCAAGUCUAGGACUGGGUCAGUUGGCCCGGUCUCACCACCUAGCGUGGUACCUGCUGCAAGAAGUCCAGGGCUUGGUUCCGUCCCAAAGGAUGCUAGAAUGGCGAUUGGCCAGCCAUGUCAGCAACCAAAUGGAUCUGGUGGGUCAGUUGGCUGGGCGAAUCCAGUAAAGCGAUUAAGGUCAGAUUCUGGGAAGAGAAGACCAAGUCAUCUGUAGAUUUCUCGAGGGAUUCACAUCAUGGAAAAAGGUUGCUGCUAGUUUCAGGAUGAAUUUGUUAGAUUAAAAAUAGAGUUUAGCCCAUACUGUUAAUAUAGAUUUUUAGGUCCUCCACCAUUGUAUUCAUGAUUACCUCUAACGGGUUAAAUAUCGAUGGUUCUCCAAUUUUUUGUAUUUGGGUAUCUGCGUCUCGCAGCAUUUGUGUUCCUUUAGAUAGGUGAAAAUCAUGUAUAGUAACUCGGUGCUUCGUGUUAGUCAAUGUAAAAGCCUGGUUGACUUAUAGUAGUUCCCUACCACAAAUUAUGAUGGGAAUUAAAUAUGGAGUGAACCUCUUCACUUGUUUGUAAGCUAGAAUAAAAAUGAAUCAAAAGGAGGGAGCGGCUUGGAUUUUGACAAGCUACAGCUUUGGUUUAA